AUGGCGGAAAAUCCAGAAGUAGUAAAUGACAACGCCAACAAGACCCUCCGGGAUAUGAUGUUCCCGAUCAAUUUAAACCUCCGGCCGUCUGCCAUCGUGCUACCGGAGAUCACUGGAAACUGGGAGCUGAAGCAUACGCUGAUUCAAAUCUUGCCCAAGUACAGUGCUAUGCCCGGGGAAGACCCUCAAAGACUCCUUCAGGUUUUUAAGAUGGCAUGUGGAACAGUGCGCACCGCAAGCCAAGCACUUGGCGAAUACAUUCGACUCCUUACUUUUCCGUUCUCUCUAUUAGAAGGAGCGAGGGAGUGGCUGUACGAUUUGUCCAAAGGAAGCAUUCAAACCUGGCAAGAGUUGCAGAGCAAGUUCUUGGAGAAGUAUUUUCCAGUAGCCCGAAUCCAAAAUUUGAGGACCCGGAUAAGCAAUAUCAAGAUGAGGUCAGGAGAAAUCCUCUACGAAUAUUGGGGGAGGUUCAAGCAAAUGCUGGCCAAAUGCCCACAACAUCAAAUACUGGAUCAUGACUUAAUUCGGUACUUCAUGGGAGGAUUUCGAAGGCAAGACAGGCAGUGGUUGCAUGCCGCCUGUGGAGGAUCAAUCCUGAACAAAUCUGCUGCAGAGGCUUUCAAGCUAAUAGCUGAUAUGGCCGAGGAGUCCAGAGAUGAAGAAGGAACAAUAGCUAGAAAUCCCUCUACCCAAGAUGAUAAGCUGGAUAAGCAAUGUAACAUGUUCGAAAAGUUCAUGACGAACCACGGAACAUCCAACCAAGGGGCCCCCAACAUUCGAAAACCCGUGAAGACUUGCCAACUCUGCAUGGCAAAUUCACAUGCAACUGAUGAAUGUCCACAAUUGUUCGAAGAUGAAGAAAUUAAUGCUAUUGGGCAACAGCCAGGAGGAAAUAAUGGGGGACAGCAUCAAAAACCCUUCGAACCAUACAGGCAGCAGUACAACAACCAAGGAUGGAGACAGCACGAAAACUUUAGGUACGGCAACAACAACUAUUUGGGACCGAACCAAGGGCAAACGAGUAAUCAACAACAAUACUCGCAACAACCUCAACAGGCAAGAGGAUCCUCCCUGUCGGAACUUGUACACCAAAUGGCGCAACAACAAGUGAAAUUCCAGCAGGAGAUCGAAAAAUUCAUGAUGGAGACAAGGGGAGGAAUGCAGAAUGUGAAUGCCCAACUGUCACAUCUCGCCCAAGCAGUAGCUUGCCUGGAAAGCAAACAAGGAGAACUUCCUGCCCAAGUGGAGGUGGUUGGAAAGAAAAAUCAAGAGGAACCGGAGGUUAGUGAGGAAAUUGGAAUGGGGUCAGCAGAUGAGGAAAAAUUAGCCCAAGAGAGGGAAGCCAAGAAGAAAGCAGUAGAGAAAGGCAAAGAGAAAUUGAGACAUGUUGAGCCCAUAAUCUUUUUCCCAGGCAGAAUGGCCAAGGAACAGGAAAAGGAAGAAUUAACCGAAUUAGUGAAAAUCUUAAAAAAGGUGGAAGUCAAUAUGCCUCUUCUGGUCGCAUUACGCUCUAUGCCCAGAUGUGCGAAAUUCCUUAAGGAACUCUGCACCCGGAAUGUCAAAUACACCGAUGAUGCCAAGUUUCAUGUAGGCGAGUCAGUAUCCGCAGUCUUGCAACGAGAUAUGCCCAUAAAGUGUAGAGAUCCAGGGAUGUUCUACAUUCCUUGUGUGAUAGGAACCAUGAAGGUGGAUAAGGCAAUGCUCGACCUAGGGGCAUCCAUUAAUGUUAUGCCUUUAUCCAUGUAUCAGGACCUGGAGAUAGGACCACUGAAGCCUACCCGAGUGGUAAUUCAACUGGCAGACAGGUCAAAUGUGUACCCAGAGGGAAUACUGGAGGAUGUUUUGGUCAAAGUGGAGGAACUCAUUUUCCCAGCAGACUUCUACAUCCUUGACAUGGGGAAGUCAAAAGUACGCGACCCAGUUAUGCUUUUAGGGAGACAGUUUCUAAAAACUUCCAGGACACUCAUCGAUUGUGAUACGGGCAAAUUGACAUGUCAGUACGAAGGAGAUACAGUAACGUUCGAUAUAUAUAACGCCAUGAAGCAUCCAGCUGACACAGAGAUGGUGAAAAGUGUCGACAUAAUUGACAGGGUUGUUGAAGAGGUAUUGCCCAGAACGACACUCAGGGAACCUCUUGAUGUGAUAAUCCAGAACAGUAUCACCGAGGAAGAUGUUCAGGAGAAACAACUGCAUGAGGCAGUGAAAAUGCUAAAUGCUUGUAGCGAAUGA